CUGUCAACUGAAAUUAUUCAGUCGGGGGAAAAAUUCUUUCUGUGAUAAAGACUAGCUGUACUUGGACUUUUAUAAUUUGGCUGUGUAACGUGAUCUAAAUUGAUGAAUUUUUAACAAAACAGUGUAUCUUAGAAUGUUAUUAGUGUGUGCGAUUCAGAAAGAAGUGAGAAAUCAUUUCGGACUUUAUUAGGUUCAGUGUCAUUGAAAGAUCACGAUGCGUAUCAGUUUUGUGUUAUAUUGGUGCGUAUUUGUUCAUAUUUGUAAUGCCAAUGAUGUGGACAGAGCAGAAGCAAGAGACAGCGGUCGAAGGGGAAAUUGGGGUCCCAUUUCAAGGAGCAGUUCCUUCAUGAGUGACGCAGCGGCUGUAUCCAAUGAGCUCUUAGUGGCAUGCAACAACGAGCCGUCAUGUCUCCAGGACCAUGCCGGAUUGGAGGCGAUCACGCAGCUCCAUCGGCAGCUGGAUGAUGACGCCAACGGCAAUGUUGAUCUGAGUGAGAGUGAUGAUUUUCUACGUGAAGAGUUGCAGUACGACAGUGGGUAUGAGAAGCGACAACGGGCGUUUCAUCACAACGAUGAUAUGCACAUAUCUGUCAAGGAGCUUUGGGAGGCCUGGCUACGAUCUGAGGUCAGAAAUUGGACGGUGGAACAAACGGUAGAGUGGCUCUCGGAGUCUGUUGAUUUGCCUCAGUACAAGUCACUGUUCCUGCAACAUCGCGUUGUUGGUGCUACAUUGCCGAGACUGGCUGUGAACAACAUGCAGUAUCUAAGCAACGUAUUGGGCAUCAAAGACCCGAUUCACAAGCAAAAGCUGGCUCUAAAGGCGAUGGAUGUUGUUCUCUUCGGACCACCCAAAGAAGGAAGUCGAUGGAAGGACUGGUUACUCGCGUCUUUACUCCUCGGUGCAGUGGUCGGAAGUUGGACGGCCUUGCGUGCUGGACGCGCAAGUCGUGUCCAAGUUCAAAGGAUGUUGAGGGAUAUGGAACAGCUUCGGAAGGCGGAGAUGGCGCUGGAUGAUAUGCAAAAGGAAUUGGAGAAAGCACGGUUGGAGCAGGAAAGUGUAACAACAGAGAAAAAGAAUUUAGAGAAGAAACUAAAAGAAGCAGGCGACACACCUUUACUGAAUUCCACUUGGUCUGAUCUCGAAGUGUCGCAACUGAAAGCUGAAAUUGAAAUGCUCAGAGGAGAACUCCGAAGGGCGGAGGGCGAGUUAGAAGACAGGUGCUGGGCGCCUCCCGCGGGGCUCCAACAGUGGCUCCAGCUCACCCACGAAGUCGAGAACCGGUCCUACCUCAGGAAGAAGCAGCAGGCGGACAUGCAACUGCAGCAAGCCAGGGAUGCGUGUGAGAAGUUACGCAAGAAACGCUCCAGUUUGGUCGGGGCGUUCGUGUCAACCCACGGGAAGUCGAUAGACGAUGUCGAUCGCUCCAUAGUCGAAGCCCGGACUGCGCUCAAUGAGGUCACACAGGAGUUACAGGAAAGAAUGCAUCGUUGGAAGCAAAUUGAACGAUUGUGUGGCUUCAACAUUAUCAACAACAAUGGUCUUCAGUACUUAGAAAGCGCAUUGUACCGCACUGCCAAUGGUCGACAACCUAACAGAGGUCGCGUAAACAGUUCCCAAGAUGACUUAAGUGCAGCCGAUGACACUUCGUUAUGCGGCUCAGUGUCAGAAACCUUCGGAUGGAAAGAGGAUUCGUCUGGAAGCGAAGCCGACACACCUCAUUACCCUCUCGACUUGAGGCUCGCCGAAGCCAGACUGCAACUAGAAGAACGUUUAGCGCAAGAGGCUCGUGAAGGCCGCAUGGAAGAAAGACGAGAAGAUAGGAGAUUAGCAGAUGAGAAGAGGAGUUCAUACAAUGAUGUCAGAAAGAGUCCGGACGAGAGACGAAGAGAUCCAGUACAGUUUGUGCUGGGAGGAGACAAUGUUAACUGGACUGGUGAAGAUCUAACCCGCGCCGUACACUCACAAUCUCAGCCUCAACUUCGUGCCUCCAUGCGCAGUAUCGGCGCACCCCUUCCCCCUCCGCGGCGCCCCUUUACCGGCCAAAUAGUACGUUCGCGCAGCACUGACAUAGUCCCGUACAAUCCAGAAGACCCCAGACCUCCACCUAGACCUUUUACCAGACAAAAGCCUGUCCCAGAAGCAGAACAACAGCCCAAUACGCCCCAAGAAGAAGAGUCCACAGAUUCGUCUCUGAUGGAGGAAGAUGGAGUUCCAAAACCCCGCAAGCGUCGUAUCAACCUGCCCUUCGGAAAGAAAUCGAAGACGCCCGCGUGACCGUGGCUAGGUUUGUAUCCUGAUAAAUUGUGCCCAGUUUUAGUGCCAAAUAUGGUUCAUAAUUGUUAAAAGGACUUAUGUGUUUCGUAUAGGCGAGGCUUUUUUGAAUCAAUGAUUUUGUAGUUGCCUUAGGAAGCAUUAGAACGGGCGACUGUGACUGAGUCGGAUGAUCUGGGGAACUACAGAGCUUUAUAGAACUGAUUCAGUAUUAAUUUAAACUCGUGAAUGUCUUAAUUUUACAGUCUCAGUUCUGCUUCGAUGUUAGUUCCAACUGAGACUUCGAAAUAUUUGGUCGGGAUUUUAACAAUGUACGUUUAGUGCAAUUUUAAAUUAGGUUUUGAUUUUUUUUUAAAUUUUUAGAUAAUUUUUAUUUAUGCAAGUUUUUUUAUCCCUAAGCACCUUAGUUUUAUUUGUAUUCCAUUUGAAAUCUUUUGUGUGGACUCGUUUAGUUGGAAUGUUUGCCCCAUUUUGUAUAUUUAUUAUAGCAUAACUAUGAAAAAUUGUAAGCUAAGCCCUGCAGAUGUGAAACAUCCAAAAGAUUAUAUAUAUAUAAAAAGAUAGUUUACGUCAGGAAAUAAAUAUGGAAUAAUAAAACAUUAAGUCUUAUAAAAAGAUGAAUUUUUUGAAAUUGAGAAAACACAAAAUCUUUAAAUCAGUUAUUUGUGUUAUUGUAUUGGAUACCGCCUCGGACGGUGUAACUGCGACGAUUGGUCCAUGAACCACCAAGCCCUAUAGAUGUUUCAUAUUAAUUAUUUUAGCAUUAAUAAAAAAAUUUAAUUAAAGUAAAUACUACUUUAUUAAUCGCGUAACUUAAACGCAAAACAACUCAACGCACCCUUAAACUACUUGAAAAUUUAUACUCCUCCACUUAUCUCUGACGUGUCAAAAAAUGAUAGCUGUCAGAAUUCUACGGAAUGAAAAAUCGAAGUAUAGGGGGGAGGUACGUCAAAAAUAUAUUGGAUUUUGACAUUCGGGAGUCACUUGUUGCAAAAUAUCACUAAAUUCAACGCAAUUAUAACUUAACUUCAACUUGACUUUUGACGUAACUGUUUUUAAUACUUAUAUGUUACGGACCUAGCUUGUUUCCUAUUUAUAAUAGAUUUAAUAUAAGUAAAUUUAAUUAGAAGCAAUAAAUACAUUGAGGGCAAAGCGUUCCUCAAUAUAAAUCCAUAGUGAGAUCUUAAGAUAUUGCAAACGUUUUAAAUAAGGUUGUGUUUAGGGCUGCCGUCUAACCCAUAAUUACCGUUAGCGUUGUACAAAACCGCUUUUAGAAUACGCCAAGGUCAACCUAAGGACGGCAACCCUCGCGUUAUAGUUUGUAUUUCAUGGCGAUUAAGGGCUGUGACAUUCAAACUUUUAUAGGGAAUAUGCAUUAAUUAAAGAUGAAAUUAUAUUUUAAAAAAAAUUAUAUAUAAUAUGCAAUUUUAUAUGUGCCGCUUUCAAAAUAGAAUUCAGUUUGGGUGGGAUGUAAGUUGUAACGUACAAAAGUCUAACAAACUAUUUUAAAAUUAUUACAGACUAGAUAAUCUUUAAUCUAUCCAUAGAUUAAAAUUUGAGAACUUUGACACAAAAUGGUGGCGUCAUGAAUAUAUGUAAUGCAUAUUCCCUAUCAUUUCAAUAGUAUCGCAUCAUUCCCUUGUUUUAUUAGUUUGAUAGCGAUAUUGCCCGGUAGCUGAGUAGAUUAAUUUUAAGUAUUUUGGUGCUAAAUGGACUCGUAGACUGAAAACCGAAUGGCUUGAGUUACUAUUCCUGGAACUAAGGUUAAGCUUCAGAAUCGAGCGCUUAGUAUGAUUCCCGUAUGAGAAAAACGUAUUUGACUUUGACAUACAGAAGUCCUAGUUCGCGCUUAGUGUCUUCUCUGGAACUUACCCUUAUUAAAUUUGUAUGCGUCUAUUUGUGUAUUUUGAAAAAUUUUAUUCUAUUUACAACUGAAUUUUAUUGUUAUACGUUGAUGAACAGGAAUAAUUGGUGUUUGUGGCGUUGUUCCGGUAAUAAUUCACAAAAUGUACAGUACACAAAUGACAUUGUACUUAACUUUAAACUGUAAGCCAUACCUCGUUUUCAGUUGGUACUCUGUUGCCGCAAAUUGUCACAAAAUGCAGAGUUGCCAUGUGUUAAUUUUAACCUAACUGAAUAUUUGCAAGUUUUAUCGAGAUCUGAAAAAGACAAUCGUGAUAAGUUGUUACUUCUUUUAAAAAGAUAAUAAAUUGCUACUGAAAA